UCUUCCUGAACUCGGGCUGAAUAGAACAACGGAGCUGGGAUCUGAUCUGAUAACCUCCUGUGGAGAAGGAAGCUUCCGGGACCAUGCAGGCCGUCCUGGCUCUGUGCUUGGCCCUGCUCCUGGCCCCGGUCUGGACCUCGGCGCUGAUUGUGGAGAGGGAGAACAGCGCCUCGCUGAUCUGUAAACAGGCGCCGCACUGGGAGGUCAACGGUUACGCUCCUAUGAAGGGCUUGAUGGGAAGUGUGGUGGUGGUAGCACUGCUGAAGGCCAGCUGACACUUCUGUCUCACGCAGGCCGCCAAAAUCGGCCCCCUGCGUGAUAAACUGGUCAGGGGAAACCUGACGGACGUGGCGUUCAUGAUCGUGAACGAGCAGGACGCCCAUUCCAGAGCCAUGUACUGGGAGCUAAAGAGACGGGCAGCCAAGGGCAUCCCAGUGUACCAGCAGAGCCCGCUGCAGACCGACGUCUGGGAGGUCCUGCAGGGUGACAAGGACGACUUUUUAGUCUACGAUCGGUGUGGCCAGCUCACGUUUCACAUCAUGUUGCCGUACAGUUACCUUCACUCCCCGUACGUGGAAGCAGCCAUCAGAGCCACGUACCACCGAGACAUCUGCAACUGCACACUCGAUUCCAACUUUACUGCCCUGAACAGCAGCUCGACCGUGGAGGAGAAUCAGAAGCAGAACGUCACCGCAGAAGAGGCUGAAAUUAGCAGCAACCAUCAACACCAUGAUCACCACGGUCAUUCAGGCCACAGCCGUAGUCAUGAACCUCCGAUCACAACGAAGCCGGUCUUUACCAAACCCAGAACUGAGAGGAAUCACAUGCAUGAUCACGCAGAGCAUGAUGGACCAGGCACACACAAACACCAUUAGUAUAACAUUAGUAACAUUUAGUUAAAGCGCUCUACUAUACACCGACUAGGCAUAACAUUAUGACCACUGACAGGUGAAGUGAAUAACACUGAUUAUCAAGACACCUGUUAGUGGGGGGGAUGUAUCAGGCAGCAAGUGAACAUUUUAUCCUCAAAGUUGAUGUUAGAAGCAGGAAAAAUGGGCGAGCGUGAGGAUCUGAGCACGUUUGACAAGGGCCAGAGCAUCUGUGGGGUGUUCCCGGUCUGCAGUGGUCUAAGGAAGGAACAGUGGUAAACUGGCGACAGGUUCAUGGGCGCCCAAGGCUCAUUGAUACACGUGGGGAGCCUACAGAUGAGCUACUGUGGCUCAGACUGCUGAAGAUGUUAAUGCUGGUUCUGAUAGAAAGGUGUCAGACUCCAGGCCUCGACGGGUCAGGGCUGUUUUGGCAGCAAAAGGGGGACCAACACAAUAUUAAGAAUGUGGUCAUAAUGUUAUGCCUGAUCGAUGUAUAUCUUUAAGUCUCCAGCAUUUGAAUUCAUGAAUUCAUGUCGCCUCUUCUGACUCGUUCGCGGACGCUACGCUUCUCCACAGCCGGCUUGCUUCAGAGGUAGUAUAAAACCCCUGAUGGAUUCUCGUGUUUGGCUCCUCGUGGCUUCUCUCGGUGCUCGUGAUGAAGCGUGCACUUCAAACCCGGACGGGUGCGUGUACGUGGAUGUCGAGCCGAGACGCGACCACGCGGAGCACCAUCACAUGAUCCACACAUCACCGCUGCAUCUGAAAUACGACGACCAGUACUAACUGGUGUGUGUUGCAUUAGCCUGCGUUUAUCUCAGCGGCUCAGUGAAGCAGGGUUUGGUUUGGUUAUGGAUUUGCUUUCUGGGUUCUUAGCCAAAUGAUUAUGAGCCGGUGAACAUGAUGAUAGUGGAAAUGAAGGCAUCAUGUGAGCUCAGCUGAUAUUUCGAUGCUGUACAGGCCUCCAAAACUUAGAACAAGUAUAAUAUAUUAUAAUAAUAUUAAAUAAAAGAUACUGAAGACUGAA